CUUUUCUCUUUUCUCUUUCUUUUUUGUCCAUUCAUCAACACAAUGAAUCUAUUAAUUUUCUUGUCGAAUCUAAUCUUUCUGACCAGCUCUCCUUGAUGGCUGCUCCUCAGUUCAUACACGACUCCUCAAUCUCAGAGCCCCACCUUUACCCAUUUCAACACCGCCCUCGCCUUUGUGCCGUCCUAUCGAAAACAUCAGCUUGGCUGGCACAUUCGACCUAACGAAGGAAGAAGCAAUCCUCAACGUACCUUGAGAGUAUACUCAUGGACUGGCUGCAAAGCUGGAUUGUGCGCAAUCUCCACUCUGGUUUUCCACAAGAGACCUCCAUCCUCCCUUUCAGACAAAGUCAUGGGUCCCCCAUACGACGUCAACGAUCGGCCAAUCCGCAACACCUCGGCAUCGGUGGCAUCCUUCCACUCUCCAGUUCCGGCCUCCAGCGGCGCCAAAGCUGAUGGGGCGAUCAAGAUGGCCGAGACAUAGCCAGUCUGCGAUAUCACCACUCGUCCAAACGGAUUGUCGCCAUGUGGCUUAUGGAAGACAGUUGUCGAGGUCGGAUCAAUAGGCAGCAUCUCCCAGGAUAUCAGUUUCCAAGCCCCAGCUAUCGUGCUUGCGUACUUGGAAAAUGGGACCGUCGUCAUUUUGGUGGGUUUGAAGUGGGUAAGUUCAAGUUACUGCUUUGGCUUGCUCGAGAUGCUCACAGCAUUUGUACACAAUCUGGUUCUAUUAGAUUUAGAAUUUCCCGGCAACUAGGUCACCUUUGCACUAACCCAACUCGAUCAUCCCUCGGUGUUGCGACAGAGAAGACCAUCUCACCACAAGGCUGUUUCCUCAUUCCCCCUCACAAUCUUAUCCCUUGUUAUCCCCACACUGUACAACCGGCGGCCCGCGGGGGUUUUCUUGAACAAGCGAGAAGCGGGGAAAUCCAGAUGGCAAACUGACUCCUCAGUUUCAGAUGACGAUGCAGAAAAGCCACCUACCUCUAACCAUCCUGUCCACCUCUACAAUACCAGCCGGAACGAACCGUAAUUAGGACUGAGUACCUCCUUGAUGAUUCUCGAGACUAUCACCGAGCCUCUCAACCAAACUGCGAGACUUUCGAAGUAUCCGCUUCGAAAUUCUAGCAUUCAACAACCCGUUUCCCCACCCCGCAGCGUAUAGAACGGCCGGCACAGGCAUACCAACAUCACCAGCAACACAAUCAUCCAAUCACCAUGGCACCUUCCACCAUGCGAGCUGUCGUCCUCAAGGGAGAUUAUCAAGUCGCCGUCGAAGAUCGUCCUUACCCAAAACUUCAGAAGCCCACUGACGCCAUUCUCAAAGUCACUUCCACAGCACUCUGUGGGUCGGAUCUCCAUUUUUACCGUGGUCAUCUUAAAUGCCCACCCGACUUCAUCUGUGGUCAUGAAUUUGUUGGCAGCAUCGUCGAAAAGGGUGACGCGGUGAGCAACUUCGACAUUGGUGAUAAGGUCGUCGUCCCUUUCUAUACGGCUUGUCAGGAAUGCUACUACUGCGUCCGUGGCCAAGCAAGUCGCUGCGCCAAAGGUGAACUAUUUGGCAACUCGGUACCUGCCAAUACUGUCGACGGCGGACAAGCCGAGUAUGUGAGAGUGCCUCUGGCCAACACCACUCUUGCCAAGGCACCAACUGACAUUCCUGAGGAGAUGUUGGUGCUGAUGGCCGAUAUUUUCCCUACUGGAUAUUUCGCCGCAGCGCGGUUUCUUAAAGACCUACCACAGCGGGAUCGCGACGAAUACACUACGGUGGUCAUCGGAUGUGGUCCCGUUGGCAUCUGUGCCAUCACUUGCGCCCUUACAAUGGUCAAAAAGGUUUAUGCCAUUGACUCGGUCCCGGAGCGCCUGGCCGAAGCCGAAAAGAUUGGCGCAAUCCCAAUCAACCUGAACGACAAUCCCGUUGAGAAGAUCAAGGCCGCAAGCGAUGGUCGCGGCGCCGAUGUGGUGCUUGAGGUUGUCGGUCAUGCUGAUGCUUUCAUGUUGGCUUUCGACAUGAUCCGUCCUUGGGGUCAGAUCAGCUCUAUCGGUGUCCAUACCGAACAAAUCCCCCUCAAUGGCCUGUUGUGCUAUGGGAAAAAUGUGACCAUGUCAUUUGGCCGUUGUCCUGUCCGAAGCAUCUUUGAGGAUGCGCUUAAACUGCUGGUCCAGGAACAGAAGAAGAUUGCUUUCUUGUGCGGAAAGACCAUGAGUCUCGAAGAUGCCCCUCAAGCUUAUAAGGAUUUUGAAGCCAGAAAGGUUCUGAAGAUCGUUUUCAAGAUGCCUGGAGAGGCCACUGGUCAAAACAUUGCGGAUAAGGUCUAGUAGUACUAGAAGUAGGUACUAAGUUAAGGAAUCCCCAUUACGGUGUAAACAGG